UUGAGCAAAGCUUCCCCAUGUUUCCCCCUCGAACUAUGAAACCUCGAAACGAUACCAAUGGGAAGGGCGGGAGUGAUGGCGGAUCAGCGGCAGAAGAAGAUGGUGAUUAUGAGUUGGUGGGGGUGAGUGUGUAUGCGAAGAUAGUAGUGAAGGAGUUAAUGGAGAUGAGUGUGAAAGAGGAAACACUGAAGGUGCUCGCCUGGAUCAGAAUGUACUGGAUAGACCCAAGAAUCACCUGGGACCCGGCAGAGUACGGCAACAUCAAAGAAAUACGACGUCUGGCGUCCGACAUGUGGGUUCCAGACAUGAUGAUCACAAACAGUCUCGAGAACUUCGAAGUCAACAGACAAGAUUCCACUUUUCCUUCAAUCGUAGGCUAUAAUGGACUCGUAUACUGGUCUGUGCCUAUGAUUCUGCAUACUAAAUGUCAGGCAGAUGUGACCUAUUUCCCAUUUGACCAACAGAAUUGUCGGAUCAAAUUAAACUCGUGGACAUACCACGAGAAACUGUUGAGCCUGGAGAUGUCUACUUUCAAUACAGGAAUGGAAGGCAGAGUUGGUAACAUUGAGUGGGUCAUCGAUGACGUCACGAGUUUGAAAGACUAUGAGGCGGAUGUUUACAACCACCCUCUUUACAACGGGGAACGAAUACGGUACCCUUACAUCGAGUACACCAUAAAACUUAAAAGGAAGCCAGACUUCUAUGUUAACAGUCUUGUCAUCCCGUCCUUGCUCCUAAGCUGGCUCGGAUCUGUCAUCUUUCUCCUCCCGAGCGAAUGUGGCGAGAAACUCGGUUUCUCAAUCACACUCUUCCUCGCUCUAUAUGUCAAUCAAGUCAUAGUGGCCGAGUUUCUUCCCCCCUCGGCCGACAGUUUCCCCCUCAUCGCUCGCUUCUACACGGUCAUCAGUGUUAUGCUGGGGUGCUCGAUCAUUCUCACGGCCACAACAUUGAUGCUUCACUUUCGAAUCACCCACGAAAUGGUCGACGAACACUCAUUUCUGAUCAAAUUUUUCCUCUUUUGUGAAAAGUUAGGGAAACGUUCUUUCGUGGAUUUGAUCAGUAACUGCAUAGGAUGUGCGUUCAGAUUUGUAUGUUGUAUUGGAGCAUGCUGUGGAAGCGCAAAAGCCGAGCGAAAACUGAGUGAAUCAAAAAGGUCGAGAAAAAAUCGCACGAAUAAUGCGGAAAUAAACAUCAUAAAUUUGAAUUGCGCUAAUGAUUCUUCUGUUUUGGAUUUUCAAAACACUAUGGCAACAAGUGACACGAACGAAGGUCUCCAUGCUUCAAAAAGCGACGGAAAUGGAAACUCGGUUAUCUGCGAGGAAGGCUUCCAACCUGAAUGCUCGCGACAAUCGCAACAACUAAAACGGGCGACCACGAUCCACCAUAUACCGAAACCCGCAAAACGAGUCAUCUCCGAAUGCUCGCCAAUGUUGGAAGAAUAUUUGAAGGACAUUGUCGCAAAACUAGCAAUUGUCGCAAAAGAUGACGCGGCGGACAUUGCGUUGAAAAGAUGGAGACUUAUUGCAGCUGGAUUUGACAAGAUUUUCUACCUUUGUUAUACUAUUACACUCGCAACAGUUACCAUCUAUUUCGGAAUGCUUGCAUGGGAAGCUAAAAGUUAUCAUUCGAAGUAAGCUGAAACAAUUUGUAAAAUCUGACACUAACAUUGAAACCUAUAAAACCUAAAAAACGUGACUCAUUAACUAAAUAAUUAUUUUUUAUGUUGUUUAUAGAGCAUUAUUCAGAUAACAAUAGCUCAAAAUCAAACAAA